UGAUAUUUUGGUAAAUUGCGCAAGAAGCUAAGGCAACAAAUAACAAUCAAGGCAAAAUGCCAUCCCACCAGUUUGAUAAAUUUACUGGACGUUUAAAAAAUUCGACAAAUUUUCAACCACUUUCUCCAAUUGCACCGGUACCUCUGCAACAAGCAGAACCACCAAAAAUGAUUUGGGAUUCAAUAAAAACUAAACCAGCUACAAUUUUAUCUGGUCCACAAGCAGCUAACAUGUCAACUUGUUGUCCAAGAGUUCUUGCAAAUCAGAAAAAAUUCCAGCCACCAAAUUACAUGGAAAAAGAAGUAUGGAAGAUGGGUGGACGUAAAGACAAGGUUCUUUUUGGCAUUACAUGUGCAUUGAUGCUUUAUGGAUUCGUUGAUGCUGGUGAAUUUGUUUGGAGACGUAUGUGGAUUAAAUAAAUCAAUAAUUUAUAUUAAAACAACAAUUACACUCUGUUGAAUUGUAGAGUCAAUGUGAAUUAUUAUUAAUGAAUUAUAGAGAUUGGAAAUAUUUAAAAAUCAAUAAAUAAAUUUGAUCAGUCUAA